AGUGCCACACGUUGUCAUCGCGUCACAACGAACUCAUAGGCUAGGUUCCAGCAUGUGGGACGGAGCACUUGUCCCCUCCGUUUCCGACGAAAAUGAAACCUCAGCCCCAAGGGGCGAAGAAAUCUACGCCUCCGAGAUUAAUUUCGACAGGGCUCUCCCGGGUCUCCACAAGGUAACAUUCCUAUACAUCUGUUUUUAGCCGUAACCCGAAGUACUUAGGUGUGAAUCUUGUGCAAGUUUCUGGUCGCACUUUCUUGGAACCAGGCAGCGAAACCCACAUGUUUGCAUUCUAUCGUUCCGGAGUGAUUUUGGUACCAGGACAAUCCCUUCCUCUGACGCCUUAUGGGCCAUUCGAAUCAAACCUUUUGCAAAAGGUCAACCGAGAGAAAUUACCUUUAAUAUUUCUGCCUGGUUGUUUUGACAACGUCGCUUCGCUGGAGGAUCUGGUCGAAUUUGUCGGCACGACUGCAGAUUUGGUUGCGAUCCACAUUCCGAGUGAGGACGAAGAAGGUGGCAUGCAUGCGAUCUUCGUCGGUCGGCAACGAAUCAGGAUCAACAAAGUCACUCGCGAUGAGAGUUAUCCUUUGCUUUGUUUCGGUACCAUCCUACCGGAGCUUUCAGUCGAUCGGGAAAUGGCUACUAAUCCGCUGGGUUGGGGUCUAGUUCCUCGUUCGUGGUCCCGUUUUGGCAUGGACCCGUGUCCGAUACGUAGAAAGGCUUCAGAAACCGAUCUUCUUCCUGUUCCGGAGACAUCCAAUGUCCGCCGACGCUCGCGCCGUCGUUCGCGCCAUAGCAGAGACUCAACUUCUUCGUCGUCUUCGUCGACCUACUACUCAGCAACUGGAUUCGUACCCCCGGGCAACCCUUUGUCUAUGUUUGAUUCGCGCCUGAGUACUUGGAGACACUUCGGACCUGUGAAUACUGUAUCAAUUACGUCUCCGUGUUCAUCACCAAAUUCUCGUUUGGCUGAGUCAGGCGAGGAGUUGGAUGUUGACUCUGUACACACCAGUGCACCGGAAUUGUCAAGCAAAUGUCCUCUUCCAACGGGAGCAGCAGAGAGCAUGCUAGAAACGCAACAGGACGUAGUGGGACAGGAAGAAACUGCGAACAUAGUUGGACCCAAGAAGCGAUCGCAUCUCAGUGGAGCCAGACCCGAACCAGAUGAUGUUGUUACUGAAGAUGUAGAACUCAUUAUGGAUUGGGCGGUUGAUCGCGUCGGCAGACCUUUUCGUUACCGAAUUCGACAACCCUGUCACCCGCGUCUGCCGUGUCGGCGUGACGUUCUAGCCGCGACGGGCGAAUGCUUUGCCACUCUACCGAUAUGGGUAUAUCGCCAAUACGAUGUUAGCUAUUUGGUGGCUGCGAUUCAAACAGAACUGGUUAAUUGGAACGAUACGUGGGUAGUGGAUCAUUUUCGACCGGAUUUAGCUGUUCCGUUCUCUUAUUGGUUGGUACAAAAUUUGCCGAUGCCUGGUCCACUGAAAGCCCAUAUCCUGAGUAUAAAUCAUGUGGUUCCACGAUUGCGAGCUCUGUUGGAUGUCAUUCGACGCUCUGCUGCUUGCGUCUGUGUUCUUUGUGACUGCAAUAUUACAUCCAGUCGACAUAUCAUUUGCCUGGCUCAGGAAGGAAGCUUCCAAACUUAUGUCAAUCCGGCUGGUGUGUUGCAUGAUAUCGUCACUGUCAGUCAAGUCACUCACAACUCAGUCUCCUUAGUUGGGUCACCGUCUGAGGAGUACUCUUGGUUUCCUGGCUACAGUUGGACAAUCGCGAAUUGCACCAGCUGUUCGCACCACCUUGGUUGGUUGUUCAAUGCUGUGAAAGACGAACUACGUCCUCGGCGCUUCUGGGGCAUUCGUCGUGACGCCAUUGUCCCCGGUCUGAUAAAUUCAACCGCAUGGAGACCGUGCAUCUAACGAGUGUUGUCAAGGUGACCAUAAUCUUUCACUAAACCUCACCACUGAUUCCUUCCACUUGGUAUUUGGAGACAUGAAUCAGAGCACCCGGUGGUUAACCGACUGUUUGGCAAAUUUGCGAUGCUGAAUUCCCGUCUUUUUUCAUCAACGCAAUGUACAUAAACUCUAUCGACCAACAGUUACAUUCAUUCGAGUCCACCGUUUGAAGUUAUCAUGUGUUAUCGUCUCCCGGUAUUUUCAUUUGCCUCAUGGUUAACUGGAGGCAACCGAUCACAACACUGCGCAAGCACAUGGGACACUACGACCGACGGAAUUUUCGCGACUCCAUCCGUGCGUCCAUUAUUGUACCUACACAAGUUGGUUGUUUUUGCCAUGAAGACGAUAAAGGUAUCACAAUCGCUGUUUUUCUCGAGGAAAUUCGGGCGAAUCCGUUAGCUACAUCAGGUGCGUGAAGUUAAACAAACUUGUGCAAGCACAAGUUUGUCGCGGAUACCUUGGGUGCUUACACUAAUUCGGAGUGUCAUCGAAACGACGAGCGUCGGGAAUCUGUGCACAUCUGGCCUGCGGGAAUAUUGUUCUGGAAAAAUGUUUGUGAGAACCAUAGUGGUCACCCUGUAAACGAUUUCGGAAACAUGAUUGUUCCUGGAGUCCUCCGUGCCACUGUUGGAUUUCGGUCAUAUAAUUUCACAGAAAACAGUUCAGUGCAUACGAUCUUAGUCGCAGUCGUUCUUCCAUCUCCCUGAGCUAUUCUGUGUUCCCCUUCGCUUUACAUUCGGUUAUCCCGUCACCUGUUCUUUUUCGUCUGUGCUGGGCAAUCUUUUAUCACACCCGCGGAUCGAAUCGUCGGCACACCCAUCGAUACUUCUUUCGGGCUUAUUUGAGCUGUCAUUUGAUACCGAAACUCGAU